CACAAGCAGGUCUAGGGUCUAGUCCUGGAGUGGGCAGGCCUGACAGAUGGGGGAGGCUGAUGGGCACUCCCUGAGGUUAUGUGCACAGACAGCAAAAGCUACCAUAUUCACUUCAUUCUAGACCAGGAUUCUCCAAAGAGCCCAACAUAAACUGGUUCAUCUUCAGAUUUAAUGGAUGAAACUUAGUAGAGCUGGAAUAUAUUAUUUUUACAGGUUUAACUAUAGGCUCAUUUUUAGAAGAGAAAAUUCAUUCUUAAAGAGGUGCUGCAAUGUGUCCACGUUCACACAGAUGACUAGUCAAGAUUCGGACUCGGCUCUCCCGACUGGGUAUCAUAUCCUCUGCUACAAAUGGAAUGAAGAACCCCCAGUGAGCCCUGACACCUGCACUGCCAUUUUGGAAAAAGCUGGUCUUGAUAACUGGGCUCUUGGAAAAACAAAAGUGUUCCUUAAAUACUAUCAUGUGGAACAGUUAAAUUUAAUGCGAAAGGAAGCCAUUGACAAGCUUAUUUUGAUUCAAGCCUGUGUCAGAGGAUUCUUGGGUUCAAGAAGGUACCAAAAAAUACAGGAGAAAAGGAAAGAGAGCGCUAUAAUACUACAGUCAGCUGCAAGAGGACAUCUAGCCAGGAAACAAAGAAAAGAAACUGUUAACACAAAAAACACAGCAAUGACAACCGUUCGGACUCAUGAUCAGGAAUGUGACUACAAGAAAAACUUCGAAAAUAAAAGGGAAUCUUUUGUGAAGAAACAAACAGAAAAUGCAGUCUCUACUAAUGAAGUAGUCAUUCCAGCUCCCAAUAAUAAAGGGAGUACAUCUGCAGUGAUGGCUUCUACUUUGAAAGCAGAAGGAGAGGAUGUGAAUGCUGUUGAAAAUAACAACAGAACCUAUCAGACUCAGAAAAAAGUCAAUAAUGUGUAUAGGGAAGAAGCCAACCAACAACCGAGUUUGGUGGGGGACCUCUGGACGGAAGCAAGCUCCAAAAAGAAACAUAUGAAACACCUAGAAGAAAACAGUGAGACAAAUAAAGUGGAGAAGGACACUGUGAUCCAGAAGUACUACCAGAGGUACACAGAAGAGAGGAAUUUUGAAGACUCAAAAGCAGCAUAUCUGGAAAGGAGGGCCAUAUCGGAGAGGCCACACUGCCCAGGACUUUGGUUAGCUGAGAAUGAUGCUAAGCAGCCCUCUUUUAAAAAAACUUUGGAACCUAGUCUUAGCCAAAGGCCAAUUUAUCAAAAUGUAAACAGCAAAGAAACAGAGAAGAAGACAUCAGUGGUCACCUAGAAUGCACCAGUAUGCAGCCCACAGAGGAGCCAUCAGAGGCAUGGGACAGUCACAGAGAGGCAAGUUGGACCAACAAAACAAGGCCCGGAAGCAGAUAGAGCAGCCGUGUUCAUCCAGAGCAAAUUCCGGGGCUACAGGAGGAGGCAGUGGUUAAGGAUGGACAGGAUGACUUCUUUUAGAAAUCAAAAGACUGUCGUAGCACCAACAGAUGUAGCAAGAAAUACCCACAAUUUGUGUUCCUAUCCCACAAAACACAGGGAACCCUGUCACAUCAACAUGAAGAACGGUAAAGACUCAAAAGCAAUUUCAGAAAAAGAAGCGUCUGAUUUGGCAAUUUUUUCAAAACAGAUCUCCAGGUUAUCAGAAGACUAUUUCAUUCUGCAGAAGAAACUGAAUGAAAUGAUUUUGUCUCAGAAACUGCGCCUUUUUUAUCUGGGUGUCUAUCUUCAUAAGCCAGUUAAGCAAGUUUCUUCUCAGCACUGCCUCUCAGGUAUUUCUAAUGGAGACGAACCAAAAAUAUUAAGAUCCCCAAAAAGGCCCCAGAAAUCCAAAACAUUAAACAGCCCUGAAGACUCCACAUACUACUGUCUGCUACAUAAGUCAAUCCAAGAAGAAAAAAGACGACCAAGGAAAGAUAGUCAGGGAAAAUUACUAGAUUUGGAAGAUUUUUAUUACAAGGAAUUUUUGCCCAGUCAUUCCAGACCAAAGAAACAUAACGCAUGUUUAAAAGAAUGAAGACAACAGAGAGAACUUCAAAAUCAAUGUUUUAAGGCUGGUGAAAGGUUCACCUAUGAAAUCACUCCAGUAUUUGUGCUUUUGGAAUAUGUCACGCUAAAGAAAAUGAGAGAAAUCAUUGGCUGGCCAGGUGGCUCUGGCGAUGGGAUAUUUUCUCCUGGUAUUUGA